AUGGAUAGGUCUCUAGAUUAUGAGGCACUCUUCCUAGAGUCUGAGAAGAGGCGAGAAGAGGCUGAGAGGGAGCGAGAAGAAGCUGAGAGGGAGCGCGACCAGUUGAAAGAAGAAACGCAACGAACAACAAUCGCUGAAUUUAUUCAGUACUGCCACCAAUACAUAUCCGAACCCCUGCAAAUCGAAAUGAACAAAGAGCGAUCUACCAGCGGGUCACUGACUAGCCCUAAAGGCCGCCUGUGUCCGACUUAUCUAAAACCAUGGGAAGGCUUUCACCAGCGGCAGGCAGAAGUCUACCAAGAGGUUUUGGGAUGCUUCAACUCAUUGGAGAACCCUAGACUAUUUUCCUCGCGUACAGUGGUGCAAGGUCUCGGAAAUCAACUGUGCCGUCGCCCUCAAUCCAGUGAAGGGGAUUUGUGGACCUAUGGACGACUUGGAAUGGAAGAUCCCACGGCUGAAGUACUUGAAGCGUUGAGAGCUAAUUCCGACUUCCCUCUAGGCGACGGCAUCCAGUUCGAUAACCACGCGAAUACCUUUGACGAUGAGCCUGUUCUUCCCGAUGCCCUGAAGCGAAAGCGAUCCCAACCUGACCAGUUUUGUGUCCAUCGAAAAGACGCGGAAAAUACCCUACUUUACUUUAUUGAAGAUAAAGCUACCCACAAGUUGACGCCUGAGAACCUUCGUGCUGGACUACAAACGAUGAACGUCUGGGAUAAGGUAGUGCAGAGGCCGACUAUUCCUCUGGACCGGGAUGAGAAACUCCAAUAUAAUGCAGAGCUGUUGACCAAUUCCGCAUUAACCCAUGCUUACGACUCUAUGAUGAAUCGUGGUUUAGGGCAUGCCGUUUUGAGAACUGGAAGCUGCUUAGUCUUUUUAUAUAUUGCCGAGGAUGACCCAGAAACCCUACGUUACUGCCUGACGGAGCCGAAUUUGGAUGUGACAGCAAUGAGCAAUGCUGUGACAGCAGUGGGGCGAUUACUUGCGUUCUGUUUGAUGAGCUUAGAAAUACCAGUCCGGAGCCAGCGCUGGCGCAACGAGGUGAUCCCGCAACUGCAUACGUGGGAGGUCGACUUCGAGUAUAUUCUCAGCCAGAUUCCAGACGACGAGAUACACUCUACACCUCCGGGUUCGGAAUAUAUACCGUCGUCGUCUCCCCUAUCUUCCUUCUCUGAGUCGCAUAACACCAGGACGCACGCUGGCUGUCGACCGGGCGACAUUGAACAAUCCUCCCCCACCGAUGAUUCUGAGUCGGAUGACGUGUCGGGAAAUAUUUCGGGAGCGCGAAAACGUACUUUGAGUCACUUCUCGUCGUCACCUCCGCAACGUCAACACAGGUCGGGUCGGCAGAAUAAACGCACCAAUCGUCCAGCACCGACCGAAUCACUUGACUUCUGUACUCAGCGUUGCCUGCGUGGAAUGAAAACUGGGAGGCGUUUAGACGAAAGCUGUCCAAAUGUUACGUUACACCGGAGGGCUUCCGACAAUCAUCAUCCAAUCAACUGCGUUGAUUUCGCAAUACCUUUCAAAUUAAGCUUAAUGCCUUACGGUUACACCGUCAUUGGCAAGGGAACCACUGAUCGCGGCUGGGAGGAGGUACAACGGGAAGUAGAGGUCUAUGAUGUAUUGCGGACCGUCCAAGGCUCCGCAGUACCGGUUUUUCUAGGCUCAGUCCACUCCAGUCAGAUGUAUUUUUAUAAGGAUGCUAAGAUAAAGCACUUCCUACUUUUGUCAUGGUGCGGAGACGAAUUUGAUUGGACUGAUUGGAACCAGGAGCAGUGGGAUAUAUAUCGACAAACGGUUCAGGAAAUACAACAUCUUGGUAUAAACCCUGGCAAACUCCAUCGGUCAAACGUAUUGUGGACCCCGCGACGUAGUCACGCGCGAAUUACCGGUUUUCAUCAAGCGAAGCCGGCGCCUCAACGGCCAGGGAAGCGCAAACUAGCUGCUCUGAAUAAUAAUAUAUCUAGGAAACGAGUUCGUACUACAUGA